AUGAAGUCCAUUGUCGCCCUUGUUUCGACGGUCUUUGCGACCGCGGCCGCCGCCAACGCCAACGAAACCGCUUCCCUCUUGCGCGGCCCAGAUAACGUACUCCGCACGGUGGACCAAAUCCAAGCCAUCCAAGACGACGCCGACGUGAACCGCAAGUGUCACACCGCCAACAGCGACUACAUCGCGUCAUUGAAGCCUGGGUCGUACGCCACCAGUAUGUUCCACAACUGCUUCCGCACGACCGGGCAGAUCUUUGAGUUUGUCGACAAGUUGACCGCCCAAAACCCAAUGCUCUUGACAAGAGAAGCAAUCGCGACCACCGUCAAGGGCAAGACGAUCUACGCAUACAAGCUGACGAACGGUAACCCGAAGCCCAAGUCAUUGUACUACCAGAGUCUCCUCCACGCUCGCGAGUGGAUCAGCGGUUCUUCCAACGUGUUUACGUUGGCGUCGAUCCUCGACGACGUGUACAACAAGAAGCCGACCGCGCUCGACACAUACAAUUUGUAUUUUGUCCCGGUUGCCAACAUCGACGGGUACGACAUCACGUGGAGCGGGAACCGCAACCAGCGUAAGAACGCCAACCAAGUCGACUUGAACCGCAACUGGCCGUCGUUCUACAAAAACCCCAGACCGCCUGCUCCGUCGGCCGAAGACUACCCGGGUCCGUUCCCGUUCAGCGAGCCCGAAACCAAGGGCAUUGGCAGCUGGUUGAAGGCCAAGAACACCGAAAUCGCCGGGUGGGUCGACAUUCAUUCGUACGGGGGGCUGAUCAUGUACCCCUACGGCGACACGUUGUCGCCGAUUGGAGGUGGCGAAGACGAAAAGUUCCAACGCCUCGGCCGCAGCAUCGCGAGUGUCGCUGGCGGCAACUACAAGGCGCAGACUUCGGCGAGGCUGUACCCUGCCUACGGCUGCUUUGACGAUUACCAUUAUCGCACGUUCAAGAAGCCCGUGCUGACCAUCGAAGUGUACGGGACGGACUUUGUCGCGGCGACGUCGACGAUUCGUACCCGCGGCAGUGAGAUGUACCGCGCGUUGACUCAAUUUGCCAAGGAAGUAGUUGUCUACAACGGCGGCAUCCAGAAGACCACAGUCGACGACCCUGUCGGAGCCGUCAAUGUGCCGUAUUUGGCUGGGGCGUCCGACAAUUCUGCCAUCCAAGUGCCUUACCAGGUUGGCGACGUCGUCAUCAACUAACUCUUUGUUACCGUCACGUAAACUCAAUGGAAUUUUAAUGUGCAUUCGUCGUUCGCGGACGGCUGAUCGGAAUGCCCC